AUGAGCGUUGCGCUCUUUGACUAUGCCCUCGGUGUUCAGGAGAUAUUGGGUCAUGAGGCCAUCGUUUUUUACAGCGAUAGCCACAGCGAUCCGGCGGUCGUCGAAAAAUUCCGCAAAUCAUUGCAACUGGUGCCAGUCCCGCUGGAACAGGAUGGGCGUAAAGUCAGCGACCCAUUCAAGCUGGAUUUUUGCUACUUCAUCCGUGACGGGCGCAACCGGCCCCUGAAUAUCAGCGCCGACCGGAUCGGUGUCCACGCGGUUUUCCGGCAUUUCGAACCUCAUGGCGAUGUUUAUGCCUAUGUCUCAGACUGGCUUUCGAACUGGAUGACAGCUGGUCGAGCUCCGGCCGUGCCUCAUAUCGUGGACUUGCCGGCAGCGAACGCGGACUUGCGCUCCGAACUCGGAAUUCCGGACGAUGCAUUUGUUGUUGGACGUUAUGGCGGUUAUGACCAGUUCAAUAUUCCAUUUGUUCACGAAGCCGUCGCCGAGGCGCUCGACCGCAGGUCAAAUCUGCACUUCCUUUUCGUCAACACGGAAAAAUUUCUUGAUCAUCCACGCGCCCUGUUUCUGCCACCGGUUGUCAAUCCGAUGGAAAAGUCCCGGUUCAUCAACAGCUGUGACGUUGGCCUGAACGCAAAGAAAAUUGGUGAGAGCUUUGGGCUGGCGAUCGCCGAGUUUCUGAACUUCGGCAAACCUGUCUUCAGCUGGGCAGGGGGGAUGGACCAGAACCAUGUCUUUCUCACUCCCGAGCAUGAUUGGAACUACCACACACGCAGGGAUCUUCUUCACCUUCUGACAGACUAUGCCCCCAACCCGAUGGAUAGCGAUCUUGCCAGCCGGUCAGUCGAUCCCUACAGGCCGGAAGCAGUGAUGAAGCGAUUUGACAGCGCCUUUCUGUCCGGAACCUAUUCGGCGGAAGACUUGCGUCUGCCGGCGAGUUUCAAGGCGAAACGAUAUCUGCAGGAAAAGAUCCUGCGGGCAAAAUUCAGGCUCUGGAAAAGCAUGUAA